AUGGAUUUGGUAGUUGUGCUUCGGGCAACUAACCAUCCUCUUGUCAUUAAGAGUGAUAUUGCGCCUGCUGUGAUCCUCCGGCGUGGCUGCGAGGCUUACAGCAUGCGUAACAUGAGCGCCUGUCAUCCCGCCCCGUUAAGGCUUUAUGGGGGUUGUCUCUCUUGUAUUACUCCAGUGACAGGGAAUGCCCCGCCUCGCCCCUUUUCCAUCGUUGCCGACGCAGUCGAAUGGAUUGUCCGCCAACUUUUAGCUCCUACCGUUCGUGUAGCAGGUUCUGGUCCAGAUUUGCUGGUGCCAACGUAUAGACCAGCCACACGGUGUAUCCCAGCCGGAUGUUACGCAUACCUUCUGGACAUUUCCUUUUCAGAAGGAGACUGCUGGAUGACUGUCCCUGACAUUAGUAGGAUGCCUGUGUCCCUUUCUGACCCUGACCCACGUGGUUGUUAUUUGAAUGGCUCGUCAUCCUUGCAGCACAUCCGCCCAGAUGGCAAUCCGACCAGGGAUGAGCUUAGCCAUGGUGAUAGAGACAGUCCAGGAAGCAUGGGUGCCUCGGGUCCGACUGGCUAUCUCGGACCGCUCCCCUCUGAAUGCAGAUACGGUCGCAAAUCAGAUACACCAAAUGAGUCCAUGGCGAUAUCCGGGGCUCGUGAAGCUUCGACCACCGCGAAUGACAGUGGUGUUAGCACUGGUCUCAGUAUGAUCCGACCCGAGAUUGCUUUCCAUCCUACAGGGCCAUUGAAUUAG